AGCAGCAGAGCAAAAUUCAAAGUAGGAAUGGCGUUGUUGGGCGAGGACGGGCGAGGCUACGAGCUGGCGCGCAAGCUGGAGAGCCAGGGUAUUUGGCGGUCGUGGCUCGGCGACGCACUCUACUCCUCCUUCAUUCCGUUCCUCUCGUCGCCGGCAGCCUGGGACUCCUUUAUGCUUCCCGACGACUCCAAGUCUAGGCCGCAGAUCUCGCUCGAGCUCCGAGCCCGCGCUCUUCUCUUCGAUAAGGCAUCCGUAUCUCUGUUCGCGCAGCCUACCGCUCUCUCCAAGCUCAAUCCUAAUUAUCUGGAGCUGCACGGUGAUGAUGUGUAUUUUACGUUGGAAAAUGGUGGGCAAGAUGUGGACCAACGACACCCAGGCGUUGCUGCUUCAAGUACUACAUCAUCAAAGGGGCGCUCAAAAGCAUCUAGCAUUGGAUCAAGAUUUAGUGAACCAGACGUUGAUGCUGUAUCACAAAGACUUAGGCUGGAAGAACUACCGGAAACAUGGUACAAUCAGUUUUUUGAGAAAUAUAGGGCAACCAAAUCUUAUACAUUGAUGUUUGGGGAUAGGGAUUCUGAAAAACGGACACCUGAGCAGAUGUCUACUUAUCUUAGUUUGAUUGAGAAUCACAAGAGAAGGAGAGUAGCCUUUGUGGACAAUAUAUCAAGCUUGCGAUCAAACCCGGUAAUGGUUGAUGGCAGUCCGGCUGACGAUGCUCCCUUGUUCCCCGAAACAAUGUCCAUUUUUAAUUGUGUUCCUGAUAGUGCAGUCCUUAUAACAAGGAGACUUGAGAAUAAUCAGAAAGUUCCGUUCAAUGGGGUUUUAGACAACUUACCUCAGACCAUGACGAAGAGCCCAGUGAUGAGCCCUAUUAUGAUCGAGAGACUUGGUAUCCGACCUGAGUAUCUCAGCAUGGAACAAGGACAAGGUUGGGGAAAGAAUGGUUCUCAAGGGAGCAGGAAGCUUCUUAGUCAAGAACAAGCAUCACGGAUUUCACAGAAAGUGGUAGUGCGAUUGCUACACAAUGUGGGGUUUGAAUCUUCUUCAGACACCUCCUUAGAAGUUAUUGCACAACUUUUGAGUAGUCAUAUCAAUAAAUUAGGGCGCACCUUGAAGCUCCUUGCGGAUAGUUAUAGGAAACAGUGUUCAGCCACUGAAUUACUAAAGAUGUUCCUUCAAACUGCAGGAUAUAGUAACUUUAGGACCCUUGUGGAACUUAUGAAGGAUAACUCGAAGAGUGUUGCUCCACAAACUCAGCAGCAAGGGCUGAGCAUCCAGGGACAGAAUCUACCGCAGCAGCAGCAGCCUUCCGUUCAGCAGUCUCAGCAGAUGCUAAGGCAAAUGAAUCCCCAAAUGCAGCAGAUGAAUAAUCCUCAAUAUCUGGCGUUCCAGCAGCAACAGCAACAGUGGGAAAGGAUGAGGAGACGGCAACAACACCAGCAACAGCUACACCAACAGCAACAGCUGCAACAACAGCAACAACAGUCAACACCUCGUCCUGGCAUGAAUAUGAACAUGAGUAUCGACAAGGAUAGGCCUCUAGUGCAAGUGAAGAUGGAGGCUCCAUCCGAUUUUCCACUGGAUACAAAUACCUUCACAUCGAUGAAUCCCAGACAACCCCAGCUGCGGCAGCAACAACUAGCUGCAAUAUCUUCUUUUCACGCUCAAGCCAACAACAAUGCCUUUAGGCCUAUGAAUUCUCUCCAAAUCCCACAAAUUCAUUCACCGACCAUGUCAAUGGCAAGGGCUCCACCUGUAAAAGUUGAAGGUUUCCAGGAGCUGAUGGGCGGGGAUUCUUCCGCGAAGCAUGAUUCAGAGGAAAAUAAGCUACUUUCUCCUCGUAAGUAGUGAUGUAAAUGCUCAUCUUUGAGUAUGUGAAUUAGAUAAAUACUCAUUGGUCAUAUCUCUGAACCCAGUUGUAGAACAUCCCUUGUUUGUGUCUACUAAUUCAACGUAGGAAUUAUAUAGAGAAUCCAAUCUCGCACAGCAUUGCACUUGGCCAUUCUCAGUUUAUCAGUGUUUAUAUUUUAA